GUGACGGUAAAGUUUAAAAGAUGUUUUGAUGCGGCCGAGCCGGAAGUGAUGCUGGACAGCUCCGAGGACUCAAGUAACGUUACGUGUUGCUACUCGCAUAAACUUCGGUUUCACUUUUGCAGCCAUGUCAGUGUUGUUUGUUGUAACUAAACCCAAUGUUAACUCGACGAAUAGUCUGAAUUUAACCAGCGGGACACACACCCGUCGCACCGCACCUGUCUGAGUGCUGAGAAGAGAAGCUGGGUGAAAGAGGAUGGAUGGCGUCAGCUGGAGCACCACACGCGCCCCGGAGUCGUUCAGCCGCUCGAGGACAGCAGCAGUCACGCUAUCCAGGCUCGCCAGCUUCAUUGCACGGGCUGACACCAAACCGCACACACCAAACAAGACGCAGCAGCCAGCCCAUUUGCCAUACACCUGCCAGGAAUGCAGUAAGAGCUUCCCAAAUGCGUCAGAUCUGUUAGAGCACCAGGAACUAAAACACGCGCUACCCAAGCCUCACCAGUGUCUCUCUUGUGGGCAGGAGUUCUCCCUGCGUUCGUCCUUACAGCUACAUAAGUGCAACCACGAUUCGUCCCUGUGUGAGCGUUGUCAUGGCGAGACACAGCCGGGUUCUCCGUGCCCUGCAUGUAGUCUGACCUCAGAGUCACCGCACCACCAGCCUCACCUCAGUAGUAGCCCUUACGCAUGUGCCCCGUGUGGGAGAGGCUUCAGUCAAAAGCAGGCUCUGCUACACCAUCAACAAGCUGGUUGUGGUGAACCGGCAUGCCCAUCUGAUAUAGUUGAUGCAGGUAGCAUUCCAGAGGACUCUCCACCAGUUUCUGAGGGAGACUCAACCUGUUCUGAUUCUUCAGACAGCCCCGGGCCCAGCAGAAGAGCUCCAAAUGUGUGCCAAUUCUGUUUGAAAACGUUCCGCACGGAGGCUGGACUGCAACGCCAUGAACAAACAAACCACUCAGAGGACCGGCUGAUGGCUACACAGGGACAUAAGACCAAAGGAGACGGUGCGGGUACAGAAGCGAGCAAUAGAGGGAGUACCAAGGUGAAUGGAGAACUACUUAAAUUGCCAAAAUCCAAAAAGAAGCUCCUGACCUGUCGCUCUUGCGAGAUGGUUUUCGGGAGCACAUCGACGCUGUACAUGCACAGAAAAGAGAAGCACAGCAGAGAGAAAAAUACCAGGAGGGAACCACGGCCCCGGCCAGUCAUCAUCAAGCGCCGAAAAGGAGGAGCGUAUCCAUGUCAGGUCUGCGGCCUCGUCUUCGUCCACCAUUUGUCACUUCGGGCACAUUACAAACGGCACACAGCCUCAAGCUUCAACGCGAUCACAAUCACAAACACGAGCCGGCCUGAAGGAUGUACUACCAAAGACUCUGAGUUGUCACCCAGCACAGCAAAAAAAAACAAGACUGUUAAGGCCGGUCCAGGGAGGCCCAGGAAGACACCCAGACUGAAGAUCAGGAUCACUGAUCCAGAGAGAUGCAGAGAAGUGCCUGAAGUGAAGGAGGAGGAGGAGGAGGAGGAGGAACAGGAGAGUGAGUUCCCAUGCCCCUCCUGUGCAGAGGUUUUCUCCCUGCAGUCCCAGCUUAGGGAGCACGUGGAGCUCCACCAGUCGUCCGUGAAGAGGAGACAGUGCAGCGUGUGCGUAAACGAGAUGGACACCUGUAAAUGGCCCGGCUCAAAGAGGCAGAGGCUGUACCACUGCGUGCCUUGCCAGCAGGGUUUCUCAGUGCUGGACACUUUCCUAGAACACUGUCAGAAGCAUCUACGGGUCCGCGUGGAGGAGGACAGCGUCACUGAGGCCUACACACAUCAGGCCAGCAAAGCCUGAGCUCCAGUUUGAAUGUCAAACAGCGAUUUGCCUAUUUGCCUUCAAGGGUUAGAGAGCAGAGAGUGAUUAUGAAUGAAGUUCUAUAAAAUUCUUGUUGAUCAACCAGUUCAUUGAGCAUUCAGAACACCUUGUUUUUAUAACCAACAUAUCAAGGAAUGCAUUGUUAAAGUACCAUAAGAUUUCUGCAUGUUUUACUAGGGCUGCUUCACUAAUGG